CAGUUGUAAGGACUCAUUUAUCCAGCUACCAACGGGGUAGGAUCGCUGCCGGCUUCCGUAUGAUGUCGUGGCGUUUCACUCUAACCUGAAAUGGAAACAUACUAGCUUAGCACAGAGAUCAUACGAAAUAAAUAAAAAGUAUUUCUAUACGCCAUUGCUACAACAUAUCACAGUGUAUUCAUAAUAGAUUAACUGCAGUUUUAAACUAUCAAAAUGAGGCGCGCCGGUAUGGGUGACAGUGCACCACCAGGAGGGUACGUUGCAAGUGGAUACAGUGCUUAUGAAGCAGAAAAUGAACAUUUGCAAGAUGGAUUAAAGAAAAAGGUAGAAGCUCUGAAACAUCUUUCCAUUGACAUUGGAGCAGAAGUGAAAAAUCAGAAUUCAAUGUUGAAAAGUAUGGACUCGGACUUUGACUCCACGGGUGGGUUUCUGCAGGCUACGAUGGGCAGACUGAAGCUGCUUUCUAGAGGCAGCCAGACCAGGAUCUACUGCUACAUGCUGCUGUUCGCCCUCUUUGUCUUCUUCGUUCUCUACUGGGUGAUCAGACUGAGGUGAUGAAACAGAAACACGCUCACUCCACCCCACCCCACAAACAGAAAGUGUGCCAUGUUUCACUGGACCAGAGAUUCAGGAUUUUUCAGAUUUGUUUUAAAAGGCGGACUGGGAUCUCAAAAAAAAUAUUCUGCCCGUUAGCGUAAGUUGAUGUGGCCAAUAUGGAUGUAUGACGUCUCAUGUAGACUGUCAGAACUCAUAGAUACUGCCAUUCUGGGUAAUUCUUUUAUAGCAAUUAAGUAAAACUGUUUUGCUUUUGAGACUGAAAAAUGUUGGUUCUUGUUUAUAUUUACUAAUACUGUAUACCUGUUGUCUGUUUAUGUGGAAAAACACCCAGAGGAAGCUGUAUUCGAUUGAGUGUAAAUCCCUUACUGUCCAGCGGUUUUUCAUCUGUAUCAAAAGUGUAAAUUAUGUAGAUUACAAAAAUAAUAUGCCUGAAAAAGAUUUA